AUGUCUGCUACAAGGGAGCAAGUUUUUCCAACCCGUAUGAUUCUUGGUGUUAUGAAAACCAAGUUGAAAGGUGCAAACCAGGGUCAUUCGUUGCUGAAACGUAAAUCCGAAGCUUUAACUAAACGUUUCCGUGAUAUCACAAAGAGAAUUGAUGAAGCUAAACAAAAGAUGGGUCGUGUGAUGCAAACUGCUGCCUUCUCUCUAGCUGAAGUUUCAUAUGCUACCGGUGAAAAUAUAGGUUAUCAAGUUCAAGAGUCUGUAUCGAAGGCUAGAUUUAGAGUUAAGGCUCGUCAGGAGAAUGUCAGUGGUGUUUACUUGCCUCAAUUUGAGUCAUAUAUCGACAGUAAUAUUAACGAUUUUAAAUUGACUGGUUUAGGACGUGGUGGUCAACAGGUACAACAUGCAAAGGAAAUUUACUCAAAGGCAGUAGAGACUCUAGUGGAAUUAGCUUCAUUACAAACUGCUUUCAUCAUUUUGGAUGAAGUGAUCAAAGUCACCAAUAGAAGAGUCAACGCUAUCGAACAUGUUAUUAUACCACGUACUGAAAACACUAUUGCAUACAUUAACAGUGAAUUAGAUGAAUUAGACAGAGAGGAAUUUUAUAGACUAAAGAAAGUUCAGGAAACUAAACAAAAGGAAACUGCAAGAGUGGAUGCAGAAGUGAGAGCAAAAGCACAGGCUGCUGCAGAAUUGCAAGCAAGCCAAUCUGGUAAGAGUUUAGAUAAAGUCAUUGCCGAAAAUAAAAUUACAGAAGCCAAAGAAGAAAGCAACAGUAACGAAAACCUGGUGGCUAAUCAAGAAGAUGACGUUAUUUUCUGA